AUGUGGGCUACCUCAAUUGCCGAAGACAGCGUCUCGCGACAUCCGACUGACAAUCCGUGGCACAACGCUCCUCCAGACAGACGCGAGGACCCCGCUGCCAGUCCGAGCGACAAUAGCAAUGAUGCUGGCACCGCCCGCACCUCGGUUGCGAGCGUUGAGGGCACCUGGGGCGAGCGAGACACUGGAAUCCGGGACCAGCGCCGAGCCAUCCAAGAGUAUGAGACUCUCCGCCGAGAUCUCUCCGCCUUGUCCCAAACCCGCUCCAGGACCUCUCAGAAAUCCGUGCCACGCUCGAGAGCAGCCGACGGCGAGCACUUGUUUCGUACCAUCAGCGGCGUGAGCUCGCGGCAUGCUCCCGCUGACGCCGCGCCAUCCAGCAAGUCGGAGCUAGCAGACACCGAUGGAGAAGCUCUAGAGUCCCAGGAGACAAAGGAAACCACCGGAGACACCCACCUCGACUCCUCGUCAGAGGAAGACUUCCGGCUGGAAGAAUUCAUGCGCGAAGGCCACUUUGAGAAGCGGACGGGCGGCCGCUCCGCCAAGAGAGUAGGCGUUGUCUGGAAGAACCUCACCGUCAAAGGCACUGGCUCUACGGCGACAUUUGUGAGAACAUUUCCGGACGCCGUCAUGGGAACGUUUGGCCCGGAUCUCUACCGCAUCAUAAGCCGUUUUGUUCCAGCCAUCCGCCUGAACCGACAUGCGCAGACUCGCGACCUCAUCCACGACUUUUCAGGCGUUGUGCGCAACGGCGAGAUGAUGCUUGUGCUUGGCCGUCCGGGCUCUGGCUGCUCCACCUUCCUCAAGGCCAUUUCGAACAAGCGGGACGAUUACGCCGGCGUCACUGGUGAAGUCAACUACGGCGGUAUCAGCGCAGAGAAGCAAAGGAAGCAAUUCAGGGGCGAGGUUACGUACAACCCCGAGGACGACAAACACUUCGCUGCUUUGACUGUAUGGCAGACCUUAAAGUUCUCACUCAUGAACAAGACCAAGAAACGUGAGAGAGACGAGAUCCCAAUCAUCGUCGAGGCCCUCCUCAAAAUGUUUGGCAUACCCCACACAAAGCACACCCUUGUCGGCGACGAAUUUGUCCGCGGUGUUUCUGGCGGGGAGCGGAAGCGUGUCUCUAUCGCCGAGACCUUGGCAGCAAAGUCGGCAGUCGUCACCUGGGACAACUCUACCCGCGGCCUAGACAGUUCCACAGCCUUGGACUACGCCAAAUCCCUUCGGAUCAUGACCGACGUCAGCGACAGGACCACCCUUGUGACUCUAUAUCAGGCUGGUGAACAGAUUUACGAGCAAAUGGACAAGGUGAUGGUCAUCGAUGCUGGAAGGUGCAUCUACAACGGCCCCGCACAAGAUGCAAAGCAGUACUUUAUCGAUCUUGGAUACUUCUGCCCUGAGCGACAGACCACUCCCGACUUCCUGACCGCGAUCACUGAUCCCAACGAACGCCGUUUCCGGGAAGGCUUCAAGGACAGAGCACCGAGAACGCCCGAAGAGUUGGAGAAGGCGUACAAGACCUCGGAUGUCUACAGGAGAGUUUUGCGCGACAUCGAGGAGUACGAGCGGGAGUUGGAGCAUAGUGAUUAUGCCGACGCUAGAGAGUUUGAAGCUACGACACGAGAGCAAAAGAGCAAGACAGUCAUGAAGGACUCAAGUUAUACCGUCAGCUUCAUUCGCCAGGUGUACGCUUGUACGCUUCGUGAAUUUUGGUUGAUCUUCGGCGACCGGCAGACCUUGAUCACUAAAGCCUUCGUUAUCGUUAGCAACGCGCUCAUCGUCGGCAGUCUUUUCUACGGACAACCACUUACCACUGAGGGUGCUUUCAGUAGAGGCGGUGCUCUCUUCUUCUCCAUCCUCUUCCUCGGUUGGCUUCAGCUCAGUGAGCUGAUGAAAGCGGUAAGCGGACGCCUUGUUGUCGCCCGCCACAAGGAAUACGCCUUCUAUCGCCCUUCUGCAGUCAGUAUCGCUCGAGUGGUGACCGACUUCCCUAUGAUACUGGUUCAAGUCGUAGUCUUCGCCAUAAUCAUGUACUUCAUGACGAACCUGGAUGUCGACGCGGGCAAGUUCUUCAUCUACAUGCUGUUCAUCUACACGACAACCAUCUGUAUUACAGCACUUUACCGUAUGUUCGCAGCACUGUCUCCAUCGAUCGACGACGCGGUUCGUUUUAGCGGCAUUGCCUUGAAUCUACUCGUCAUCUUCACAGGCUACGUGAUCGUCAAACCCCAGCUGACAAGUAAUUACAUCUGGUUUGGCUGGCUCUACUACGUCAAUCCAAUUUCAUAUUCCUUCGAAGCAGUCCUGUCGAACGAGUUUUCUGGGAGAACAAUGGACUGUGCUCCGGAACAACUGGUUCCUCAGGGACCGGGCGUUGACCCCGCAUAUCAGGGUUGUGCCAUCUCUGGCGCGUCGCCCAACUCGAGGACGGUUCCAGGAUCCGAUUACAUUGGGGUUACGUACACGUACACGCGAUCUCACCUCUGGCGCAACUUUGGAGUGGUGAUUGCUUUCGCCAUUCUCUACAUCCUCAUCACCGCGGCAGCAACGGAACUCUUCAACUUUGCGCAAAGCGGCGGCGGCGCGCUGGUUUUCAAGAGAAGCAAGCGAGCGAAACAGGUACUGAAGGAGCAAGCGAAGCCCGAUGAUGAGGAAAAGGCUGGUGGGUCAACGGGACUUUCUUCAAGCAAUGAGGAUCCGGAGCUGGCAAUGGCCAAGACAAAGUCUAAGGCAGACGAAGCCCUCGACUCGAUCAGCAACAGCGAUAGCAUCUUCACCUGGAAGAAUGUUUCCUACUCAGUACCUUAUCUUGGUGGAGAGAAGAAACUUCUGAACGACGUCUCCGGUUUUGCGAAACCGGGUGUCAUGGUCGCCCUAAUGGGUGCUUCGGGAGCAGGAAAAACAACGCUUCUGAACACCCUUGCCCAGCGGCAGAAAGUCGGUGUUAUCACCGGUGAUAUGCUUGUGGAUGGAAGGCCGCUUGACCUUGACUUCCAGCGUGGCACUGGUUUCUGCGAACAAAUGGACAUUCACGACCAGACGGCUACCAUCAGAGAAGCACUUGAAUUUUCCGCAAUCCUCCGCCAGGACAAGGAGAUUCCCCGCCAAGAGAAGAUCGACUAUGUCGAUAAGGUCAUUGAUUUGCUUGAACUUGGCGACUUGCAAGACGCAGUCAUCAGCUCUCUUGGUGUGGAGCAGAAGAAGCGACUGACAAUCGGUGUUGAACUGGCCGCCAAGCCUUCUCUGCUCUUGUUCCUCGACGAGCCGACCAGUGGCUUGGACAGUAACUCAGCCUAUUCCAUCGUGAGGUUUUUGAAGAAGCUUUCCCAGGCAGGGCAAUCCAUCACGGCGACCAUACAUCAACCCUCGUCAAUUCUAAUCCAGCAGUUCGACAUGAUUCUCGCUCUGAACCCUGGUGGCAAUACCUUCUACUUCGGUCCCGUUGGCGAGAAUGGGAAAGACGUCGUCGAUUACUUCGCAGAGCGCGGUGUGCACUGUCCACCCCAGAAGAACGUUGCGGAGUUCAUUCUCGAAACGGCAGCCAAGGGCGGCAGAAAGGCUGAUGGCAAGCGGAUCGACUGGAACAAGGAAUGGAAGGAAUCGGAGAACAACAAGCGGAUGUUGGCCGAGAUCGACCGUAUCAACAGCGAGCGGAAGGAGGACAGAGCCCCCCGCCAAGCAGAUCAAGCGCGAGAGUUUGCUGCUCCAGUUUGGCUACAGACCACCAUGCUCACCAAACGGCUAUUCAUCCAAUUCUGGAGGGAUCCUAGUUAUCUCUAUGGCAAGCUGUUUGUGUCUGUCAUCAUUGGUAUCUUCAACGGCUUCACCUUCUGGCAGCUUGGGAACUCGGCGCAGGAUAUGCAGAAUCGCAUGUUCACGGCUUUCCUGAUCAUUGUCUUCCCUCCGGCUAUCGUCAACUCCGUCGUUCCCAAAUUCUUCCAGAACAUGGCGCUGUGGCAGGCCCGUGAGCAUCCUUCUCGUAUCUAUGGGUGGGUCGCCUUCACAACCGCCCAAGUGGUUGGAGAAAUCCCACCAGCAAUCGUCGGAGCCGUUGUCUACUACGUGCUCUGGUACUUCUCCACCGGUCUUCCUACAGAUUCAUCCACGUCUGGCUACGUCUUCCUCAUGACUCUUAUGUUCUUCUUCUUCCAGGCCAGUUGGGGCCAAUGGAUCACCGCCUUCGCGCCGUCCUUCACGGUGAUCGCAAAUGUGCUACCGUUCUUCUUUGUCAUGUUCUCGCUCUUCAACGGCGUCGUCCGACCGUACUCCAUGCUUCCCGUCUUCUGGAAAUACUGGAUGUACUACAUGAACCCCUCCACCUGGUGGAUCGGCGGCGUCCUGGCGGCAACCCUGCACAACCAACCCGUGCAAUGCACGACGCAAGAAUCCGCGCGCUUCGACCCGCCGCCCAACCAGACGUGCGCCUCCUACGCCGGCGCCUUCGCCGACGCGUCGCCCGGCCACCUGCUCAACCCGGACGCCACGACCGACUGCCAGUACUGCCCCUACACGACUGGCGACGACUACCUGGCCACCCUCAACAUCAGCGCCGACGACAAGUGGCGCGACUUUGGCGUCUUCAUGGCCUUCGUCGUGACCAAUUGGGCGCUCGUGUACUUCUUCGUGUACUCGGUGCGCAUCAAGGGGUGGAAGUUUGGUUUCGGGCUGCUGUUCGGUGGCUUGGGCAAGGCAGUGAAGAAGGCGACGGGCCUGUUCUCGAGGAAGAAGAGCGAUAAGCAAGGGGACGAGCAGUAG